AUGCGGCUUUUCCUGAUCGGCCUGCUGGCCCUGGGCUCUGCGAGAGCCUUCUCCGUGAUCCGGACACAGCCCCAUCCGCAACUGGUGGCCUUCGCCCCGUCCAGAGGGGAGUUCCCCGUGGUGAGUGGCCUGGCCCAGGGCUACGUCCGCUACUACGACGGCACGGGCGCCGAGCGAUUGCUGCCCUACAACUAUCCGGAGCCAUUGAACGGCAUCCGGGAUCUGGCCACCUCUAGUCUGAUUCGCACUGGCCAGGAGAGCAAGGAGAACCAGCAGACGGCCCUGUUCCGGGCUUGGUGCGAGCAGCGCUACCAGGCCAUGCGCCAGGAACUGGACCGCCUGAAGGCCCAGGGCCAGAAGCCCACCGCCAGCAUGCUGGCCCAGUUCGAGCCCCUGGAGCAGAUCGUCAAGUUCGCCGCCUUCGAAGCCGUUCCCGGACUGUCGCCGGAGGUUCAGCGUGCCCGGGAUGAGCAGCUGCGCAUCUGGAACGAGGCCAGGCUGGAGGUGCUACGCGCCGAACAGGCCCAGCAACUGCUGAUUGAGAAGGAGCAGAUCCCAGUGAUUUACGGCCAACAGCUGGAGCAGCAGUUUGCCACCAGCCAGAACAAUCUGCAGCUGAAGACGGCAUCACAACCCGUUCCACAGCCCGUGGAGGAGACCCCGGAAGUGAAACUGGCUCGCCAGGAGCACCUCAAACAGUUCAACGAGGCUCUGCUCCGCCAGCCCGCUCAGGAAACUGUCAUCCUCAAGACCGUUCCUGGAAUUCAGCAGCCAUUUACGACCCAGCCUCAGCCGAUUAUCAAGAGCACCACGACCACUUUUGUAAGCCAACCAAGUGCCCAGCUCCAAGGUAUUUUCAAGACCAGCAACUUCCAGGAUCAGCAGACCCCUCAGAACAUUGAGGAGACUCCAGAAGUGAAAAGAGCCCGCGAGGAGCAUCUUAAACUGUACAAUGAAGCUCUGCUUCGUCAGCCCGCCAACCCUGAGGAGCCCAUUCUGAAGACGACACCCAUUCAACCCAUUCAGUCCCAAGCCAUCAUCUUCCCAGACCAACAGGCUCCGGCUAUCCAACCCAUCCAGGAAACGCCAGAGGUGAAACGUGCCCGCGAAGAACACCUGAAGCAGUUCAACGAGGCCAUCCUGCGGCAGCCAAUUGAGGUGCAGCAGCAGCCACUGAUUCCCACCGCGCCCAUCGCUCCAUUCGCUCCUCAGUUGAUUGUGAAGAGCUCGAUUGCCGAGCCCCUGGGUCCGCAACCCAUCCAGGACACGCCCGAGGUGAAGCUGGCCCGCGAGCAACAUCUGCUGCUCCUGGGUCAGGCCAAGCUGAAGGCCGAGGACAAGGUGGCCGACAUCGCCGACAUGAUUCGCCUGGAGGAGCGGGAGCGGGACAAUCAGCGGCAGCUGGAGCUGGAGCUGCGCAGGCAGGAGGAGAAGGAGGCCGAAUUGGAGCGCCAGCAGGAGGCAGAUCGUCUGCGGGAGGAGACCCGUCUCCUGGAAGCGGAGCGUCUUAAGAUCGAGCAGGAGGAUCGCCUGCGCCUGGAGAGCGAAAAGCAGGAGCUCCUCCAGCUGAAGGCUACCACCACCUACGAGAAGGACACACCCGAAUACCUUCGCAAGGCCGAGCAGUUCAAGAUCAUCAACAACCAGGUGCAACCACAGCCGCAGCCCAAUAUCGUGACCCAGCAGCAGCAGGUGCAGAAUGGCUUCUUCCUGCGCAUCCAAACCAAUCAGCCCAAUACCAUCCAGCCAUUGCCGGAACCCAUCAGCACUCCGGGUCUAGUUCUGGCCGAGCAGAGCCCCAAUCCCUUCCUGGUGCGGUACACUCCCAAGCCGGCUGACGUCCAGGUUCCUCUGCAGGCGCUAGUCCCCACUCCACUGCCCGCCGAGUUGAAGCAGAAAGUCGGCUACAGUUCCACAUCCUCCAGCGAACUCGACCUGGCCACGCGGGAACACUUCCGCGCCCAUGAGAUCGCCCUGGAGCAGCUGCGUCUGGCCAACCUGAAGAACCCCUGGACCCCCGAGUGCCAGCACUAG